AUGGCAACACACGAACAACUGCCAUCGACUUCCUCGCGACCGAUUCUUGACCCAACAGUCAGCAAGCAGGAAAAAUCCUCAAAAGAUGAAGCUCCCUCCACAGCAUUGAAGCGCAACGCUGAAGAGGCAUCCCUCUCAACCCAGAAAAUCAAUAUCGGCACUAGACGCUCAGCGCUAGCUGUGGUUCAAGCGGAGAUGAUCAUGAAGGAGUUGAAGAAAGCUCACCCGGAAGUUACCUACGAGAUCCAUGCGAUGGCGACAAUGGGCGACAAGAAUCAAACUACUGCUCUACACGAUUUCGGCGCAAAGAGUCUGUGGACCCACGAAUUGGAAGCGCAGCUCUUGGACGGAAGUCUGGAUAUCGUUGUUCAUUGUCUGAAAGAUAUGCCUACACAAUUGCCUAAAAAGUGUACGAUUGGAUGUAUUACAGAGCGCGAAGAUCCGAGGGAUGUAGUGGUUAUGAAAAAGGGACUGGAGUAUAAGACUCUUGGUGAACUACCUGAUGGCGCGAUUGUUGGAACGAGUAGUGUUCGCCGGAGUGCACAAGUCAAGAUGAAGUAUCCAGGGCUAAAAUUCAAGGAUGUUAGAGGGAAUAUCGGAACGAGGCUGGCUAAGCUCGACGCUGAAGAUAGCGAAUACUCAUGCUUGAUUUUGGCCGCCGCUGGAAUCAUUCGUAUGGACUGGGGUCAUCGAAUUACACAAUACCUGGAUUCAAAGACACCUGGUGGAGGACUACUACAUGCCGUCGGUCAAGGGGCGCUCGCCAUUGAAGUUCGGGAAGGGGACGACAAGAUAGCUAACAUAUUAGCCGAUCUGAACCAUAAAGACAGCAGUCUUGCUGGUCUUGCAGAGAGAAGUCUAAUGCGCACUCUGGAGGGUGGAUGUAGCGUGCCGAUUGGUGUUGAGACAACCUGGAUUGAAAAGGGUAAGCUCCUGAUGAAAGCUAUCGUUGUAAGUCUAGACGGAAAGGAGAGCGUAGAAACAGAGAGAUUAGAGGAGAUCCUCAACGAAAAGGACGCAGAUCAAUUCGGUUGGGAUGUGGCCCAAGCCUUGGUAGAAAAAGGAGCUUCAAAGAUUCUCGAGGCUAUUAAUCUCAAUCGGCCGAUCAUAGAGGAGGGUGGCGGUGCGUAA